UUUAGUUUUUUAUUUUUUUUUUUAAGAAGAAGUUUGUAUAAAAUUACGUUUAAUGCAUAUUAAACAAGUGACUGUUAGAGAUUAUGAGCUAGAUUGAUUCCAGGAUACUAAAAUGAGUCAGUUUCCUCCAAAGUGUUACCAACAGCCAUUUUAAACAUUGAUGAGGUACCUGGUUUCUAAAAUCUGGAAGGAACAGGUUUUAUUUAAGCCAACUACUUCACAGGAGAGGAAAUGCCACUAUAUCUCAGAAAAUUUAAAUAAGACUAUGAAAAAACUAGAAAAGAAUGUCUCCUUGGGAUAAGAGGGCAAAGAAGAACUCAGCACAUUUUCAGGGAGAACAACAAAUGUGACAGCAGUAGUAAUGUGUAUGCGGUUAGGUAUGCACGUGACUAUGACUGACUUCUGGAAAAGCAAUUCGCAAAUUUUUUUUGGUGUCAUGUCUUUGAGAACCCAAAGAGUUUGCUUAUGCAGGUUAUAUCUAUCAUUUUUUUCUGUCUUAGAAAUUAAAACUGAGAAUUUAAACUACUUGAUUCAUCUAAAAACCAUAAUAAACUCACUACAUAUUACAUAAAUAAUUUGUUUUCAAAAUAACCCUAUGUUUUCCCUAAAAUGUAUUAAAAAUCAUGUCAUUGUUUUACAUCUUUGCAAAUCUCUUUAAUAUCUGCUUUAAUAGGUUUUUAAUAGGUGACAACUAGAUUCUCAUAUCUGCUUCUGCAUAUAGAUGUCUUCUGCUAGAUAGGUGUCAUCAAGUUGACACCAACUCAUGGUCACCUUAUGCACAACUAAAGGAGAACAUUGCCCAGACCUGUGUCAUCCUCACCAUCACUGGCAUGUUCAAUUCCAUCUUGGCGGCUAUUGUGCCAAUCCAUCUCACUGAGGAUCUCCAGUGCCCUCAUUGGCCCUCUACUUUACCAAACAUGAUGUCCUCCUCCAGUGAUUGAUCCCUCCUGAUGACAAGCAAGUUGGACAAUGGUCUGUUGUGAUCCAUAAGACUUCAUUGGCUAAUUUUCAGAAGUAGAUCGCCAGCCUCACACAGAUACGUAAUUAGAAAAGAGAGAAACUAACAGCCCCACUGAAAGGCUCUCAGGAAUUCCCAAGGCCCUUAGAUCACACCUGGAGAACUACGUUUGAAGAAUGUAUAUUAGCAGUCACUAAUCCCUGAGUGAGUUACUGCUAUUCAAGGGCUUAGGAGAAAGUCAACACACUUGCCAACUUAAAUCAGUGACACUUGCAUCCAGAAGAACAGAAAGAUUUGUGCAAUGACACUGCUUGAGAGUUGCUUGCUGAUUCUUUCUGCCGGGCCCUGUGGGCCCUGAGGGUGGUCUCUCAUGUUUCUGUGCACUGGAUGCCAUUAGUCCACCCCUUAUGCAUUCCAGCACCCCCAUCAGCUCUCUGUUCUCCUUCACCAGCCCAGCAGUAAAGAGACUGCUAGGCUGGAAACAAGGAGAUGAAGAGGAAAAGUGGGCAGAGAAGGCGGUAGACUCUUUAGUGAAGAAAUUAAAGAAGAAGAAAGGAGCCAUGGAUGAGCUGGAGAGGGCCCUCAGCUGUCCGGGGCAGCCCAGCAAGUGUGUCACAAUUCCCCGGUCAUUGGAUGGACGGCUGCAGGUGUCCCACCGCAAGGGUUUGCCCCAUGUCAUUUAUUGCCGAGUGUGGCGUUGGCCUGAUCUUCAGUCCCACCAUGAGUUGAAGCCACUGGAGUGCUGUGAAUUCCCAUUUGGCUCGAAGCAGAAAGAGGUGUGCAUUAACCCUUAUCACUACCGCAGAGUGGAGACUCCAGUGCUGCCUCCUGUGCUUGUGCCAAGACACAGUGAAUAUAAUCCCCAGCUCAGCCUUCUGGCCAAGUUCCGCAGUGCCUCCCUCCAUAGUGAACCACUCAUGCCGCACAAUGCCACCUAUCCCGACUCCUUCCAGCAUCCUCAGUGUUCUGCAUUCCCUCCGUUGGCCAGUCAUGCUUUCUCGCAGCCCCCAUGCACUGCCACCUACCCUCACUCCCCAGGAAGUUCUUCUGAGCCAGCGAGUCCAUACCAGCACUCAGUUGACACACCAUCCCCACCUUAUGCCACAGAAGCCCCAGGGACCCAGAAUGGCGGACCUGUAGAUGCCACAGUUGACAGACAUUUAGUGCUAUCAGUGUCUAAUGAAGAAUUCCGGCCAGUAUGCUAUGAGGAGCCACAGCACUGGUGCUCCGUUGCCUACUAUGAACUGAACAACCGAGUCGGGGAGACGUUCCAGGCCUCCUCCCGAAGUGUGCUGAUAGAUGGAUUCACAGACCCUUCAAAUAACCGGAACAGAUUCUGUCUUGGACUUCUUUCCAACGUAAACAGAAACUCAACAAUAGAAAAUACCAGGAGACACAUAGGAAAGGGUGUUCAUUUGUACUACGUAGGGGGGGAAGUUUAUGCUGAGUGCGUGAGUGACAGCAGCAUAUUUGUACAGAGCCGUAACUGCAACUACCAGCAUGGCUUCCACCCAGCCACCGUCUGCAAGAUCCCCAGUGGCUGUAGCCUCAAGAUCUUCAACAACCAGCUCUUUGCCCAGCUGCUUGCACAGUCAGUCCACCAUGGAUUUGAAGUAGUUUAUGAGUUAACGAAGAUGUGCACUAUCCGAAUGAGCUUUGUUAAGGGCUGGGGAGCUGAAUAUCAUCGCCAGGAUGUCACGAGCACCCCGUGCUGGAUCGAGGUUCACCUUCAUGGACCACUGCAGUGGUUGGACAAAGUUCUGACUCAGAUGGGCUCGCCACAUAACCCAAUUUCUUCGGUGUCUUAACAGUCCUCUUUUAAGCCACAUUUGUACAGAAUGCAUAUCGUUGUACACAGAGGCUUAUCUAAUUUCAGAUUUGCAAUUAACUGAAGUUUCUAAGUACAUACAUAAAUACAUAUAAUGUAUACUAAUCUCUUUCUUAAUCACUGUUUGUUUCAUGCUUUCUAGUUAACGUGAUGUCAGUACAGUGUGAUUAGAAAAGCAGGAGUAUCAGGCCUGUACCAUCAUAAGAAGCACCUUCUUCUGUGGGAGGCAGUAGGUGAAAGGCAACUGGGUCAAUAAAUAGUAUUUGAAGGAUGUUGGGAGAAUCAAAGGCAGCUUUAGUCAUUCGUGUCAUUGUAAGGCAUGUUGUAUGGCCAAGCAGAAAAAUACUCAAACUUCUAUACGGCAAAAUCAGGUACUGGAAGCACUAGAGCAAAUAACGUUUUCAAACAAUAAUCAAACCCGUACAGCUUUAGUUCUGUUGGCAAGAAGAAACACCACACUUGUAUAAUCAGGUAGGAUAAGCCAAAGAGAGUUUUUUAAUUGUGAUAAAUAUAUAUGUAACAAAGCAUUUGACAUUUCAACUGUCUUUGUAUGUACAGCUCAGUGACAUUAAUUAUGCUCUGAUGUUGGAAUAUUUAUGGCUGGACUAUCGUGCUGAUAUUAAUUAAUGGUGUGUUUGAGACAAAGUUAAACUGUCAUUGGAAAAAAAUGUGAAGCUUGGAGCCAUGUUGCUUCGUAAUCUACUGUUGUAAAAAAAAGAAAAAGGAAUGAGACUAAUAUGGGAAAACAGAUGUGGAAACAGCACGAAAUGAGUUAUCUUCCCAAACUGCAAGAUAAGACCAGACCUUAGUCCAACAGUCACCCAGGGAGACUCCUGCUUUCCACAUAGGAAAUUGCGUUCAUGUUUUCCUGGGCAUUCAUGCCAACAACCCUGCAGAUACCUGAGUCUAUACAGUGUGGUAUCACACCCUGGUUUAAGCCCUGUGUAGAGCAGACGUAGGUAAAGGAAAAGGGCUGGAAACAGCAUCGUAAAUUUUCUUAAAUCUUCUCACAUUCCUACGUUAAGGUCUGUAGGAGAAAGCACCCUUUUGCCAUGUUUUCCUGGCCUGUUGAACAAAUAUUAACUAUUUACAGAUUACUAAAACAAUGGUGAACCCUUUGAGAAAAUCUGGACACAAGACUGAAUCAAAUUUAUGAGUUAACUUCGUGUGUCUGUUGAUUAAAUCAUCUGCUGGUCAAACCAGGUAACCUUAUACGCAAAAAUCUCAUACCUGGAAAUGUCUUCCCAGGUAAAAUGAUAAUUUCAUAAUCCCCCAUACUUUCUGAAGAACAUUCAUACUGAAUAAUAGGAACACCUUUUUAAACACAUACAAUAUUAAAACCUGUGGAUGAUAAAAUAGGAAACGUCCCCAUAUUUCUAGAUGCUUUCAUAUACAUGUAUAUAUAAAAUAACCACCCACUAAACACUGUAUUGCUUGGAAAAAUACUUCACGCCCUCUUAAAAAUAUAAUUUAAGAUGGCAGUCAUGCUUGUAACAGACGGUACUUCAGUAAUCCAGGAGAUUUCUUCAUUUAUACACUCUGUUUCAGCUCUUUAUAGCAUUAGCACACCCGGUAGUUGUUUCUCAUUGAAUUGUAUUCAGGGUAGAAAUGAUCAUGUGAAAAAGAUAUGAGGGACCUUCCACUGUCACUUCUUGUGAUGACUAGUGUUAUCUGAUAGACUCUUUCAUCUGUACAAUAGAAAGUAAAUACUACAUUUUGCAUUAAAACUAGGUGGUGCAUAGUAUUUGUAAGCACCCAUAGUUUACGUAUUGUGUACCUCUGUGUACAAUGUUAGGUCCUGUGGAAUCAAAGGUAAACAGACCAUCCCAGCCCUCGUGGAACUGAGCAUCUGGUAGUAAAUCUGCUUGUGUAGAAUCUUCAUGUUUCAGAACUUUCAAAACACAACAUGUGGUCUUUAUUUUGCUUGACAAAAUGUAAUUGAUUUCUUAACUACCGCAAUUUUGAAACUUUUAUUUCCCUUCUCUUCUGAGCAGCCAGGUAAUGGAGGAACACUUCUUGUGUGUCUCAAAGUUGUUUUUCUCCCUUGCUCCCUAGUCUCCAGUAACUGUCCAUCCCCCGUCUCUGGAAAGAGGAAUUAAAAUGGUGAGUGCCCCUCCCACAAAAACAUCAAAUACAGGCUGUUUUUGCUCCAGAGAUCAAACAUACGUUUCUUGAUCUCUCCAACCAAAACAGAUGCCAUCGGGUCACGUGGCAACCCUUUGUGGGUUAGAGUAGAACUAUGUUCCACAGAGUUUUCAAUGGUUGAUUUUUUAAAAGUAGAUCACCAGGCCUUUUUUCCGAGGCACCUCUGGGUGGGCUCAAACCUCCAGCCUUUUGGUUAGCAGGCAAGCACGUUAACCAUGUGCAGCACCCAGGGACACUCUCCACAAACUGUCAAACACAUCCCCUGGUUACUUUAUGCCUUUACAGAAUUAACCUCAACUGGUUGUUUAUAAAUGACAUCUUGAGAGAGGGGAAGGAAGAAAGAGAAAACCUUGGAUUUUCAUGCAGCUUUUUUUUUUGGGGGGAAACCAGUACAAAAUAUUCACAUGACCUCAAAUUAUUUCCUUGAAAAAUAAGUUAUUAAAUUGGUACAUAUGCAUCAACACCAGCCAUGUUUCACUAAGAGCUUUUAUUAGGAUACGUGUGAAAUUCAGAGGAUUUAGAAUUGAUGAGAAGUUAACCCUUACUUGGUCACAUUUGAAUCAGCCAUUUUAUCUUUUGCUGGCAAGAAUUGUUAAAAAUUUAAAGCAAUAUUUGAUUUUACUUCUAAAUGUAUUCAUUUAGCGCUCAUUCUUUGAUAUAGACAAUCAAAAAUAUAUAAUAGCAUUCUUUUUACAGGAUAGCUAGCAAAAUGGACAUGCUAAGCAUUUAACUACAUCGGCAAUUCAAAACAUGCUCAUGGUUGCCAUGGAAAAGGAUCAUGUGCCAACAGAGAACAAUAAUAUUUUGGCCUGCUCAUGACACCCAGAACGUUUCUCAUGUUGUUCGAGUCAGUUUUUUUAAAUAUUUUCCUGUUAAAAAGUUGAGAUGUGCCAAGUUUGUUUUAGCUAGAUGAUAUUUUAAUACCUGCCAGUGCUUUGGAACUAUAAACAUGUCACUUUUCAACGCAUUUACUUUCUGGGUUUUGUUUGUUUUACAUUCAGUAUAAAUCAAAAAAGUCAGCCAACAACAUAGCAUUUCAAAUCUCUCUUUUUAUUGUCUUCUGAGAAAUUGGAUACCCCAAUAACAACAAUGGAGCCCUGGUGGCAUAGUGGUUGAGAGCUCAGCUGCUAACCAAAAGAUCAGCAGUUCAAAUCCAUCAGCUGCUCCUUGGAAACCUAUGGGGCAGUUCUACUCUGUCCUGUAGGGUCGCUGGGAGUCAGAAUCGACUGAACAGCAGCAGGUUUGGUUUUGGUUGUAACAACAACAGGAGCAUUUUAUAAAUAUCACUUUCUAGACUUCAAGCUCUUGCUUAAAGCUGAAUGUGUCCCCAGUAUUUGGUAAAUAUAUUCAAUCAAUGUAGCCAAAUAUGACAUGCAUUCCAAAUUUUGUCUUUCCCUGUUAUGAUUUAACAGCUGAACUGCCUGAUGAAAUUAAGUGAUCCUGGCAUAUGUUAAAGAUAAGCUCAAGUUAAUGUGAAACAGACAGAACAAAACUUUUCUAUUUGAGUGAAGUAAUGCUUUUGAUUAUAAUAACUAGGCUUCAGUUAUCCAUCAAAUGCAUACUUACACUGUUACCUGGUUGUUUAUAAUAAAGGAUGUUGUACCUAUAUGUUUUUUGGCACUUUUUUUUUUAUAAACCUCACAGAGGAUUCACUGCCUGUAGCUCCUAAGGCAAUUGAGCUUAAGUCAUACUGUUUUGAAAAUGGAAUGUUUUUAAAAUCCAACAUGCUAUAGAGAAAUUAGGUAGUAGUUUUGAAUUGAACAUCUUGGAAUAACUGGCAUUAAUUAUAGAAUAGUGAAGAUAUCUUGCAGUAACUUUAUCUUUUAAAAUAAUUUUAUCGUGCUUUAGGUGAUUCAUUCAGAAAUUCGUACACAAAUUGUUUUGUGACGUUGUUUGCAAUCCCCGCAUUGUGACAGCACCCCUCCUUUUCCAUCCCAGGUUCCCCAAGUUCAUUCAUCCAGUUUUCUUGUCCCUUCCUGCCUUCUUGUCUUUCUUUUGGGCAGGAGCUGCCCAUUUGGUCUUGUAUAUACGAUUGAACUAAGAAGCAUGUUCUUCACAUGUGUUGUUGUUUGCUUCAUAGGCCUGUCUAAUCUUUGUCGAAAAGUGGGCUUCGAGAGUGGCUUCAGUUAGCAGAGUGUUGAGUGGGGGCGGGAAUAGUCUCAGAGAUUCCACCAAUCUCUUGUCAAACCAGUAAGUCUGGCCUCUUUUUUUGUGAGUUUGAAUUUUGUUCUGUAUUUUUCUCCCACUCUGUCUGGGACUCUCUAUUGUGAUCCCUGUCAGAGCAGUCAGUGGUUGUAGCCAGGCACCAUCUAGUUCUUCUAGGUUCAGGCACGUGGAGGCAGUGGUUCAUGUGGUCCUUUAGUCUUUUGGGCUAGUAUUUUCCUUUUUUCUUUGGUUUUCUUCAUUCUCCUUUGCUCUAGACAGGAUGAGACCAAUAGAUACAUCUUGAUGGCUGCUCACAAGCUUAUAAGACCCCAGAUGCUACUCACCAAAGUAGGAUGUAGAACAUUUUCUUUAUGAACUAUGUUAUGCCAGUUGACCUAGAUGUCCCCCAAGACCAUGGUCCCCAGCCCUCAGCCCCAAUAACUCGGUCCCUCAAGGUGCAUAGAUACUUCUAGGAAGCUUCUAUGACUUUGCCUUCGUCAAGUUGUGCUGACUUCCCCAGUAUUAUGUACUGUCUUAUCCUCCACCAAAGUUACCACUUAUCUACUAUCUAGUUAGUGACUUCCCAUCCCCCCAGCCCCCCUCCCUCGUAACGACAAAGAUCGUUUUUUUCUUUGUGUAAACCUUUUCUUGAGUUUUUAUAAUAAUGGUCUCAUACAGUAUUUGUCCUUUUGUGAUUGACUUAUUUCACUCAGCAUAAUGCCCUCCAGAUUCAUCCAUAUUGUGAGGAAUUUCUCGAAUUCACCAUUGUUCUUUAUCAUUAUGUAGUAUUUCAUCGUGUGUUUUUUAUGUACCAUAAUUUAUCCAUUCAUUUGUUGAGGGACGCUUAGGUUGUUUCCAUCUUUUUACUGUUGUGAAGAAUGCUGCAAUAAACAUGGGUGUGCAUAUGUCUGUUGAUGUGAUGGCUCUUAUUUCUCUAGAAUAUAUUCCUAGGAGUGGGAAUUCUGGAUCAUAUGGUAUAUAUAUAUAUAUUUAUUUACUGUGCUUUUUCAAACUUUACAGAGCAAAUUAGCUUCUCAUUCAACAAUUUAUACACAGACUGUUUUGUGACAAUGGUUGCAAUCCCUGCGAUGUGUCAAUACUCCACCCUUGCAUACCACAAUUCCCUGUUGCCAUCUGUCCAUUUUUCCUGUCCUUUCCUGCCUUCUCAUUGCUUUUGGGCAGGUAGUUGCCCUUUUGGUCUCACAUACAUGUUCCUCAAGUGUAUAAUUGUUUUACCAAACUGUCUAAUCUUUGGCUGCAGGGUGUACUUCAAGAGUGGCUUCAGUACUGAGUUAAAAGGGUGCCCAGGGGCCAUAGUCU